AUGGCCAAGAAGAAGAAGCGCGCCAAUAAGGCGCCCGCGCAGCCUGUCGAAGAUGAGCCUCUGCCUCAGACGGACCUCUGUUUACCUUCGAAGCAGCCUACUCCCGCGCCAGAGACAGAUCCUUCUCACCAUGGAGCCGACAAACACGCCGCAUAUCCGUCUGCACCGGCGUCGUCUGCUUCUCCUCUGUCAUCGUCCACGGCUCUGCCACCGUCUGCUCCACGCAACAAGUCUUGGAGAAACUUUUCCGCAUACUAUGGCUCCUGGACUGCGGUUUCUGUUGACGUGCUCGAGGUGGCGGCCUUGGUCAACUACAACACUCCGCGGCCGCGUCCCCUCGAUCCCGCCAUGCUCUUCGACCUCGUCAAGAUCCGCAGGAGCGUCGAAGAGGCGACCGACCUGGCCGUCAGGGCUGCGAGCGACACGGCCUCGUCCACCCUGUCCAGCGUCAACAGCGUCAGCGGUCUUCGCUCCAUGUCGUCCCUGAGGAGCGCCGCUCCACCGAAGCCUGGUCACGGCAUGAGAAUGAGCCGCGAGAGGAGACUCCGUAUGCGAGAGUUGGCUGUCCAGAAGCUUGCCCGCGCCUAUCGCCUGGAUGACAUCGCCGCCUGCAUAGUCACCAUGCAGGGCACCACAUCACUCGACGAUCUUGCGGGCUUGGUUCUCCAAGACAACCCCCGCAACUCCGACGCCAAAUUUGUACACUUUUUUCACGAUAAGAUCAUCUCCCGCGAUCUGACCGCCGGGACGGAGGGUUUCCGCGUGCUCGAGGAGAUCCUUGAAAUAGAGUCAGAGCGGCCCGAGCUCCUGCGUACCCUGGCGGCACUCAAAGGUGCCAGGGGCGACUUGGCUGACGUCGCCGCCGAUCUCACCCGCGCCAUGUCCUUGUCCAAGUAUCGUGGAGAGUCCCAUGGCUCAAGUUAUGAUACUUCGAAAGCACAUCAAAACCCUCAUGGCAGAGGUUUUGUCGAGCUCGCCGAGGACGAACGACCAAGCGGUCUUGACGGCCAGCUUAUCUUCCACCGCGGCGCCGUCCUGCUCCUCGAUGCAUGUGAGCACGUGCUCAAGGCACUGGGACAGCCUCUGGACUCGAAAGAGACUGUCCAGAAGACUGACGCUUGCCGCCCCCACGAGAAAGAAGCCGAACUUCGUUAUCCUCCACAUUCAGAUGAGGCAACCACCCAGGCUAGUUCGAUUCAGCCAAACGAGCGAGAAACCGAGCUUCUCCCAAGAACUAACGACCUCGAGAGCGCCGCACUUGAUAAAUUCCGAGAGGUCAAGGCGUUGGCGAAACAAGCGCUGCGUGAUAUCAUGCUCUUUCUCAAGAAUUUCGACUACAGUCCCACCAUGCCCGUCACACUGAGCAAAGACUACAAUGACCGAAUGCUUCUUGCCGCAAAAGGUGUGCGCAAGCCUCGAUCAAGCGUGUCCAAUGGGCCAGCCACGCCGCACAAGGUCUACACGCUGGCCGAUCUCUUCUCACCAUCGCCGCCGACCGAGUUGCCCGAGUUCCCAUCCUCAGAGACGCUGAAGCAACGGAAGCACCAUAUUCCCAAAGGAGAUACGUGCGAAAGUGUGACUUAUCACCCCCUGCUUAGCGAGGCUCUGCAUUCGUUGCUGUUCUGCCACUGCCUCGCCCAGACGUCCGUGGCAGAGAUCAGGCGCCACGCCUACAUGGUUGCGCGUCUGGUGAGACUUUUCGAUGGUUAUCCGAUCUUUCAUGCCGCCAAAUCGUCGGCACGAACCGACUGGGAAGACAUGAUUCGCCGAGGCGGUGACUGGCUCGGGCUCGGCGCAAAGUGGCAGUUCCUCUGCGAGCCUGCGCCGCUCCCCGGACAUGGCCCUCGCUCGACGCGCUCAGCAAAGACCCCCGAUCGUGCCACGGCGUCUGCUGCUGCCGCUACGUUGACGAAAGCCACGCCGGCACAGGACAAGGCAGAGCCGUCUGCCACAGCAUGUCAAGCGGCUCUCGAAGCCUCGCUCGACCACAACGACGGCGCAAGUGAGUGCGCACAUCAUGACAGCUGCAGCGACCCGUUUUGCCCAAACUCGGUGACCACGACGUCGCAGCCGGUAGAGCUGGACCCAGGUGAUGGAGGUUGGGAUGGCGCUACCAUCGUGUCUGCUCGCGCCACCGCGGUUAGAUGGUGGAUCCAGGAAGUCCCCUUCAUCCCCGGCGUACGACGCAAGAGACGCGCGAGAAAGAUUCCGAGCCGCCAAGACAAGGGCGAGGGUAGCGCCGACGACGACGGCGGCGGCAGUGGAAACGCCGGUAAGGUUGGCGAGGCUGCCGGCAACCUCGCGGCGCUGUACUUGGACUCCGCUGGCGAGAAGGCCUGAAAUGUGCUUGCCUUUGACGGCAGGACACGGUGCCCGACAUGCUGGAGCGGAACAGCGAGUCGGCCAACUUGUUUAUUGCCCACGACCAGCGGGAGAGCCCAACAUAAACGGGCCUGAAAGAAGCGCCGUCGAUGAUUACGUGACGGCUUCGUCCUACACAGCGGGAUCUACAGCAUCACCAGAGGCCAAGUGGCUUCUGGCGAAUAGCCGAGGGAGGUGCGAGUGGCUAUUUUCACAACAAAGCAUAGACGAGUGAACUGAAUAGAU